GCCGCGGCGCUCCAUUCACCGUCGAGCACUCGAACCGCGCUCACGCUCCCCCGCGAGAGGAAACCGCGCCACCCCGUGCACGCCUCGAGAUCCGGAGUCUCCCGGUAGUGGUCGUUUUGUGUCUGUGUGAGUGUGUGUUUACGUCCUUCCGGUUUUCAUCAUAUUUGAAGGGGCAAGGCCGAUACGACUGCCAUCUCGGCUGACCCAAAUCGAGCUAUGAGGAGUUACCCAACCAUCCUCGUUUUAGCUGUUUGCAUCGUCGGGAACAACAGACAACGCAGCUUCGUUCAGACCGCACCUCUUGACGCAGUCUCCGAUAAUGACAAACAGAGCUUCGAGCCAUCUCGGUCUGGAUCCAUUAUAAACGACGAAGCUGUUGAAGAGCUGCGGCAUUUGAAAGGAAAUGCACUAACAUCUGAUUCAACAGGCAAUGGCGGAUCGAUCUCCGUCGUCAAAACCCACUCCGCUGUCUUCACGAACAUGAACGGGAAACAAGAGGGGCAUGCAGAAAUGAAAGAGCAAGUGAACAAGAAUGGUGAGAUGUUCGCGAAGGUGGAGCAGAAGGUGGACGCAAAGGAGGACCCGAAGGCGGGGUCCCCGAACACGCACGUCCUCACCGCGGUGGACAUCCCUUCGAAAGGGAUCCACAGGGUCUUCAGCUCGGAGCCCGGAGAGAAGAACCUCAACUUGGCCAACCUCCCCGCCAAAGCCACGACCACUAAACGACGGGUCAUCUCGCCCGCGUCCCUCAACAGAUUCGAGGGUGACGACACACAGUUCCCUCUGUCACAAAUGGAUGGUUUUACUAAGACUCCAUUACCUUUGAAUGCGCAAUACUCACCUCUGGAUGUUGCUGAGUAUGUAUUCUGGACAGGCGAUGAGAAAGGAGUCACAAUGGCUGUUGAAGAAUACCUAAAACAAGGAUUGAUGACACGAGAGGAAGCAAUCUCGUUUUUGCAAGAUAUUCAAUUCAAUCUAGAUUACCUUCAGCUUCAUUACAAUGACUACAAUAAGUACAAAAAUGAGGAGCGAAACAGAGAGAAGAACCGACAACUAGAGAAAAUUUUAGGGCUUGCCGAGAGGUACAGAGAAGAACUGCAGAGUCCACAUUCCUCAGUAGAUCUAAAAGAUAUCAGAGCACAGAUGCGACUCCAGAACUAUGAGAAGAAAAGCGACUACUCUUCUUUUAUAAAUGAUCCGCGAACCAAACAAGCAGCACCGACGUCGGAUGAAGACUACGAGGAAGUAUUGGAAAAGCUUAAAGUUGCCGACUUCCUGUACAACGAGUACUCGAUGGAGGAUAUGGUCUACCAGUUAGCCAAAGUCAUGUUCACUCAGACUCUCCGACGAAGUAGCGCCGAAGCCCAGGAAGCUCUACAAAAGUUCACGGACUUCCUGGAAAGCGAAGCGGAGCAGGGCAGGAUUUCCCGGACGCUGGAAAAGAAAGUUCUCGAUGUUUUAGUCGCUGCUUUGACUGACACUUUGAACGAACAUCCAGAAUUGACCUCUGCAGCAAGAGAGGGAUUCGGAAGAGACAAUUCGCCGGACUCGGGAUUUUCUCACCAAUCAUUUUAUCGCAACAGCAACAGUAUGAGUUCAAAAUCAAGCGAGAAGUCUAGCCUGGCCGAAAGUCCGAAAUCCUUGCAGAAAGGAAAAGUCCACGAGACCAGCGCCAAGAAACCUUUGGACAUGGUCAUGAAGAAACGGAACAUCCACACUUCCGGCAUUGAGGAUGGAGAGAAGGUGUAAACGCACCCCUAGUGAUCUCUAACCUAAUCCAUCAUUAUCUCCCUCUGUCUCUUACAUGAUCAGGAUUUGGAUGGGAUCUUGUACAAGAAGCCAAACAGUGGCGAGGCGUUGAAGUUCGAUUAUCGAUGUCUCCCUAUUUGAAGCUGUGGUAAAGAAUCGAUUAUUAAGGUGAUCGUUUAUUGCGCUGUCAUCGAUCCUUUCCCAUAGGUUUAAAUGGCAGAUCAAUCGAUAUAUCGCAAAGCACGCCACGCCACUGAAGCCAAACUCUCCAGAGACGCAGCCUCUCGGAAGGAGCAACGCUAGCGGAUUGUCCACUCCCCAAAAUCAGACUAAAGUUGAAGCCUUGCA